AUGCUCAACUUUAUUAAAAACUUUUUAUCAGACAGAACCUUCCAGGUUAAAGUCAAUGGCCACCUCUCUCAGGUAUUCAAACAAGAAAACGGUGUGCCUCAGGGCUCCACUCUAUCCGUCUCAUUAUUUCUAGUUGCAAUCAACGACCUUUGUGAAGAAAUCAAAUUCCCCGUGAAAUCAUCACUUUUUGCAGAUGACUUAAACAUAUGGUGCUGCGGUAAAAACACCCAAAAUAUACAACCCGUAUUACAAGACGCACUCUUAUCUCUAGAAAAAUGGUCAUCAAAAUCCGGUUACCGUUUCUCCGCCCCAAAAUCUCAGAGCAUCAUUUUCACCCUUCAAAAAAAAUACCAGACAUUAAACAUAAAAAUAAACAAUACCCCUAUACACAACACAAGACUUUUAAAAAUAUUAGGAAUCGUAUUCGACACAAGAAAUAAUUGGUGCGCCCACCUGAAAGAACUUAGAAAAACAACAAUAACAAGAAUAAACAUCCUCAAGAUGUUGGCCCACACAUCUUGGGGCGCAAAUUCGUCCUCACUCAAAAUGAUAUACAAAUCCAUCAUACUUUCAAAACUAGAAUAUGGGUCCUUCCUCUUCAUAAAUGCGAGUUCUUCGAACUUAAAAAUGAUCGAAACAGUGCACAAUUCGGGCCUAAGAUUAGUCUCUGGAGCAUUUCGUUCGAGCCCAAUCCCCAGCCUACUUAACAUUACUCAAACCCCCCCCAUUUGCCUAAUAAGGAAAAAGAAUGCCAUGCUUCUAGCCGCCAGGCGUACACAAAACAACCUCCCCAUACAUCAAGGUAUCGAAAACCUCCUUCAAAACACAAAUAUUGAUAUUUCCGGAAUUAUCAGACAUGAAGGUCCCCUCACUCCCCCGUGGAUCAUGGAUUUCAAUAUAAACACCACAUUAUCCUCACUCCCCAAAACCGAUACUUUGCCCAGCAUAUACAGAAAAGAAUUUCUUUCAAUCUCGGAAAAUCACCAAGAGCAUACUAAGUUUUUCACCGACGGUUCUAAAACAAACUUGGGUGUAGGAGCAGCAGUGGUAUAUAACGAAACAAAACAAAUGUUCAAGCUACCAGAUUUCUGCUCAGUCUUUACAGCCGAAGCAACUGCGAUUUCCCUAGCUCUCGACAUAAUAUAUGAAAAUAGAAUGAAUAAAGCCAUAAUCUUUAGCGACUCUCUCAGCACCUUAACCAGUAUCCUAAAUAUCCACCAACCCAACAGUAUAUCCGGAAAAAUCCACAACCAGAUACACCGCCUCAAAUCCAAUACACAGACCAUCAUUUUCUGUUGGGUUCCUAGCCACGUCGGAAUCCGAGGUAAUGAAUUGGCCGAUACUUUUGCCAAAGAAGCCAUCUCCUCCCACCUCUCCCGACAAAUCCACACCUGUACUUUUCAGGACCUCAAAACUACCAUCGACAACCACAUUCUAGCCCAAUGGCAGAUCCUAUGGUCAACUCUACACACCAAGCUCAAUAAAAUAAAGCCCACAGUCUCCCCAUGGCCAUCCUUCUUAUUACCUAGACGCCAGGAAGUAAUAUUAAACAGACUUCGGAUAGGCCACACAUGGGUGACUCACAAACAUCUUAUGGACAGAUCCGAACCCGAACAAUGCCAAACUUGCGGUGAAACCUCCACGGUUGAACACAUAAUAUGUCACUGCCGUAAAUUCGCCGACAUCAGAAUUAACCUCAACAUAUCAGACAACCUGGAAGAAGCCCUUAGCCCACAGUCUAUCAACAUAAAGCAAAUAAUUAACUUUUUAAAAUUAACGGGAUUAUAUCACUUAAUAUAA